GAUCUUUGCGACAGUCCGUCAAUGGCGCACGCGUCGCAAUACGGCAGCGUGGAGAAGAUGGCGGAGGGAGUAAACGAUGCCGAGCUACUCAAGGAGAAGGCCAAUAAAUACUUUAAAGAUAAAGACUAUGAAAAUGCAAUCAAGUACUACUCGGAGGCCUUGGAGCUCAAUCCAUCCAAUGCAAUCUACUACAGCAACCGUAGCCUGGCGUACCUGCGCACCGAGUGCUAUGGCUACGCUUUGGCAGAUGCGACCAAGGCGCUGGAUAUUGACAAGAACUACAUCAAAGGCUAUUACCGACGGGCCACCUCCAACAUGGCACUGGGCAAGUUCAAGGCUGCACUCAAGGACUAUGAGACGGUAGUGCGCGUUCGACCGAACGACAAGGACGCGAAGAUGAAGUACCAGGAAUGUAACAAGAUCGUCAAGCAGAAGGCCUUCGAGAGAGCCAUCGCCAGCGACGAGAUCAAAAAGUCAGUCGUUGACUCUCUGGACAUUGAAAGCAUGACCAUCGAGGACGAUUACACGGGGCCCAAACUGGAAGAGGGCAAGGUCACCCUGAAGUUCAUGAAGGAAAUGAUGGACUGGUUCAAAGAGCAGAAGAAACUGCACAGAAAGUGCGCCUAUCAGAUUUUAGUGCAAGUGAAAGACCUUUUAUCCAAACUACCUAGUCUCGUUGAAGUAACACUACAAGAGGCGGAAAAAAUGACCAUUUGUGGCGACACGCAUGGACAGUACUACGAUCUCCUCAACAUUUUCGAGUUGAACGGCCUGCCGUCGGAGAGCAAUCCCUACCUGUUCAAUGGUGACUUUGUAGACCGCGGCUCAUUUUCUGUAGAGGUCAUCCUCACCCUGUUUGGCUUCAAGCUGCUCCUCCCCGACAACUUUUACCUGCUUCGAGGUAACCACGAGACGGACAACAUGAACCAGAUGUACGGCUUUGAGGGGGAGGUGAAGGCCAAGUACACGGCGCAGAUGUUCCAGCUCUUCAGCGAGGUCUUUCAGUGGCUGCCGCUCGCGCAGUGCAUCAACAGCAAAAUACUGGUGAUGCAUGGCGGGCUAUUCAGUGAAGAUGGCGUGACGUUGGAGGAUCUCAGAAAGAUCGAGCGGAACAGACAGCCACCAGACUCGGGUCCAAUGUGUGACCUGCUCUGGUCGGACCCCCAGCCUCAGAACGGCCGGUCGAUCAGCAAGCGAGGCGUGAGCUGCCAGUUCGGGCCCGAUGUGACGGAUCGCUUCCUGGAUCAGAACAAGCUGGAUUUCAUUAUCCGGAGUCACGAAGUCAAGGCGGAGGGCUACGAGGUCACUCACUCAGGGAAGUGCAUCACCGUCUUCUCGGCACCCAACUACUGUGACCAGAUGGGAAACAAAGGAGCUUUUAUCCGCCUCAGGGGAUCCGACCUUAAGCCAGAGUUCCACCAGUUCACUGCUGUGCCUCAUCCGAAUGUCAAGCCCAUGGCGUAUGCCAACACGCUAAUGCAGCUGGGGAUGAUGUAGACCCAAGACAAAGUCGGUCCGCCAAGGCCACCGGACGCGUCCCACUUCACGCCCUUCAGCGCUCCCCGACUCCCACUUAGGCCUCAGGGAUCUCGCUCCUCCUAGCUUUUUGAGGGAGAUCCCUUAGACCCCCUCGCCUGGUCCACAAGGUUACCACUUCCAAACUGGAAAACAUUUCCACCGUUCGCUCGCCUCAUACAUGAAUACAACGCUCAAUACCGGAUGUGUCUCCGAAGUUUUUGUUUCAACUAUUUUAAAUGGAUCACCUAUCUGGUUCUUACCAAAGAUCUGUAGUGGAAUGAUAGUCAAGGGAUCACCCAGGAGCGACUCUCAAAGAGUUAAGCGCGUGCUCUCCAAGAUGGGUCAAGAGCGGCAUUUCCGUCAGUGUUUAACAGUACGUUAUCUUUUUUCACGUUGUAUUACUUUUCAGGUAUACGAGAUCUCCAUACAUGUUAAGAUCCCAGCUCGAAAAGAGAGACUGACUCUGGGUUCACACCGAGGUGCUGUUUGCCAUUUUUGACGUGUUAGCUGGAACGGACGUGGUCAAUGUUUUAUUUGCACUGCUUCUUCUUCCGGAGGAAGAUACUGCUGCUCCCCCCAACCCCUUGAUCUUUUCACCCCGGCAGCUCGCACACUGCCCCCACUCUCUGAACCCAAACACCCAACCUGUCACCCGGAUUGUGGAUUACCCUAGUAACACACAAAAAAGUAAAAACGUCCAAAAUGUAACCCUGUCUUGAAAACGCACAGCUGCAUUGUCUAAUGACCCUCUACUUUUUAGGUAAAGAAAUACACUGAUGUGUAUGUAUAUAUACUGUAUCAUUUAUUGAGAUUCCAUGUAAUGUUUGGAGAAAAAAAAAUAAAAAUCAGACCAGAGAUUUUA